AUGGCUCCCCUAGUCCCAUCGCCGAUAUCAUCGGUGAAUUCUGAGAGACCAAAGACUUGGAAGAAUACCGACAUCAAUCAAGAGCGCUUGCUAAAAUCCCGGAAACAACUCGUCAAUUACGAUGACAGAGUUACCUGUGAGCUCUCUUCUGAGUACAAGAUGGGCGGCAUAAAUGCCGUUCGGCGCCUUGACUUCGACGACGGUACGAGCUGGGUAGCACGAGUGCAAAUGGGUCAAUCAACCCCAGAGUCACUUAAACGGAAGGAAAAUGCAAGUAUAUUCGGGUACGGUUUUAGUCCCGAAAACCCGGUCGGUGUCGGCUUCAUGGUCAUGGAGCUCAUUGCGGGGGACAGCGCUAUGGACAUGUUUGGUGGAUGGCUUGAACAUAAGGGCAGAACCCCUCUACAAUUCAAGGAGAGGUUUCAUUCAGCGAUGGCAAGAGUUCAGGUGGAAAUGGCAUCAAUACGCUUCCCCAAGAUCGGCAGUAUCAUUCGCCUCACUGACGGCACAUACGACGUAGGCCCCAUACCCAAGCUUGGAGGUCCGUUUGAUUAUCCUGCAGACUUCUUCUCUGCCUGGGCAAAGCACACCAAGUACCCCUACACCGACGCACUUGUCCGGGAACGCACACCCCCAGAGGUCGUGAAUGAGGUGCUAUCCUCUAUCAAAGAAUUCCCAUCUCGGCUCACGAACUUGGCAAAGAAUCACUGUUUCGAGCAGGGACCCUUCCCUUUGUUCCACACCGACAUCUACAAAAGCAAUAUCAUCAUCGAUUCAGAGUACAACCUUCUCUCCGUCAUCGACUGGGAGAAUGCAAUUGCCGUUCCUUGGGAGCUGGUGGAAUUCAUCAAGGAUCUAUGUAUAGUACCGCCUGCAAUGGAUGGACCACUAUACCAUGAGGAAGAGUCAGAUCGACAAGCAAUCGCUGAUAGAAAAGUGUAUGUCAAGAUGGUGCGAAAGGUGGAAGAGGAGAUGCGAUUGGAUAACAGACUUUCGAGUGUGCUGGGGAAUGAGGAUAUGCAAAAUUUGGCCAAUGCAAUUUGGCUCUAUCAACAGAGUGGGAGGAUUGGGUUUUAUACGGGUGUUCUCGAGCCUUUUGAGUGA